AUGUCCAUCCCAGAAGAACAGCCUACCGGCGAAUACCGCCAAUAUCUCCCGGACCUGGGAAUUCCACGCUUCACGACCAUGAAGACCCAGGAUGCGCACGAGUAUGCUCAUGCAUUCAAGACGAAGCACAUUCCUCCUUGGUUAUAUGCUUUGUUUGAGCAUUGGCGGGAUUUGUAUGAAGAGCCUUAUCAGGGAAUUUCUACAGAUGGCACCAUCCGUCAGGGUUUGUUCCCCAUCCAAGACGAAGGACUUCCAGUCGAAGACAUCGUUUCCUCAGUCGAAGGCCUGACUAAACUCCUGAAUGACGACCAACGCAAAGCCAUCUCAUUCCACAUCGACUCACCCGAAUGGCGAACAUGGUCAAACCCCGAAUUUCUUCUUGUUCACAAGGGCCUGCGUUUAGACGAAGUUGAUGCUCCCGUCCGAGAAGCCAUUAUGAAAGUCCUCGAGACCACCCUCUCUCCCGAAGGGUACGACAAAGCUGUCAAAGCGAUGCGAAUCAAUCAUUAUCUCGGCGAAUUGGUUGAAUCCUCCAAAGUCAUGAAUGAAUUUUCGUACAACUUUGCUAUUUUCGGAAGACCGUCUACUACACGGCCUUGGGGAUGGACAUUCUACGGUCACCAUCUCUGCCUCAAUAUCUUCAUCUACAAGGGACAAAUUGUCGCUAGUCCAUGGUUCACUGGUGCCGAGCCUAACGAGAUUGAUUCUGGUCCAUACAAGGGUACUCGCAUUCUACAAGUCGAGGAGACUCUUGGUAUUCAACUCAUGCAGUCCUUGCCGGCUGAAGUCCAGCAAAAGGCUCAAACAUAUAAGAAAAUGAACGACCCCGAAAUGCCUCCUGGCCGUACCAACAAAGAUGACCAGCGACACCUGUGCGGCGCGUACCGUGACAACAGACAAAUACCAUACGAGGGUGUCCUCGUCUCGGGCUUCACCUCCGCACAAAAAGAGCUUGUCUACAGUAUCCUAGAGCAAUACCUCCUCUACCUGCCCAAGCGAUCCCGCGACCUCAAAAUCGAACAAAUCAAGAAACACGAGGCCGAAACAUACUUCUCCUGGAUCGGCGGCUAUGAGGAUAAUGAUCCAUUCUACUACCGUCUACAGAGCCCCGUCAUCCUUGUAGAGUUUGAUCAUCACUCGGGUGUGUUUUUGACGAAUGAGGAGCCGAAGAAGUUCCAUAUUCAUACUUUGCUUCGUACGCCGAAUGCGGGUGAUUAUGGGUAUGCGUUGAGGCCGUUGAUUCCGCCUGUUGAAAGUACGAUUGCGAAGCCUAUUACUUGGUAG